UACACCCCAGGUAUGAACAAUGACGUCAGCAAGGUAGUGCACCACUCACAGCUCCUUUCCGGUGUAGGCUACUGCAGUGCGCUCGAGUUCCUGGUUGACAUGAAUAUUGAAGAUCGUUCUGUGGACAUCAGGGGAUUUUCUAGCCCUUCUGUCUACUAUGUCCUCCAGAGGCAAAGGUGAGGGGUGUCUGGUGUGUGGGGGUGACCUGCACGGUAACCAACGGCGAUGGCUCUUUGGGGGUCAGAACAAGAAAGAUGGUCAGCCUCAGACCCCAUCAGACUCACCGGGUAGAGGAAGUCUCUCCAGGUCUCCUCAAAGCAGCCCCUGGGGUAGCACCAUGUCCCUUGGCUCCACAACGUCUCUCUCCUCACUGUCCUCACCCGCUAAAGCAAUGGACCUACUCUCUGUGCUGACACACAUACUAGGCCAGCCUGUACCACGGGGCAGUGGGUGGGGGGAGUUCUUGUGUGGCAAAUGCGUUUCAGUUCUAGAGCGGGUUUUCAAGUUUGACUCUGUCAUUUCCAGAGUGAGGGUCUUAUCCUCCGAGAGGCUUCAGAAGUUGACCCAGGAGAGGGACAAGGUCAGGCAGUGGGUACGUAGCGCUUACCGCCAGCGACACCCUCAGGAUUUCAGGAUGAGGAGCAGCACUAGUGAGGAGGAUGGUGAGGGAAGGGGAGACAGAGAGGGUUACAACGAAAUGUUGAAGGAGAACAUGGCCUUGUCAGAGUAUGAGUGCUGGUCUGAGAAAUGGGACGCAUGUCCAUACUUCAGGAGAACGGGGAAAAGAUGCACAAAGGGGAAAAAUUGUGAAGGAUGUGAUUCUCUGAGGGUGUCCGACUCCGCCUAUGAGUCAGUUUGUGGGGUUCCCCGCCUCCAACCCUUUCCCCCCUUGGCCCUAUCGAGGAACAAGUCGCAGAGCAUGCCUCUUCAUUGGUCAAGAGUGCCGUCGCUAAGUUCUAGCCCAGCGUCAUUGGCUGGAUCCACUCUCUCCUUACGAGCGUCCUCUCGCACUGAGUCCAUCCAAUCACUGGAUUCACUGGAUUGCUGUGAUCCAUUUGAUUUUCCAGGUGAUUUGUCACUCCUGGUCCUCAGAGAGUUGAAAGGUAUUGAAGGAAAGCCUGUCAAUUCACCUUCGGGGAGUAAGAUUCCCGUUUUGGGAAAGAGGGAAGGGCGAUAUUCAGGAGAGGUAGGUGAGACAUCCCCCCCUGAGGUAACAAGGGUGCUGAAUUUUGGAGAGCGGGAGAAUGGAGGAGAGGAAGUUGCUGGAGAGUCCAAUGACGUUUUGACUGAAUUGAGGGACGAGUUUAUUCCACUACACAGAGAGAGCAAUACAGGCCGAGUGCACCUUGCAGUCAGACAGUUGAGAGGACAGCUUGAUCAAGCUAUGGCACGCAGCAAGACCCUCGGAACUGAGCUUAAACACGGGACCAAAACCAAACCAGAUACCAAUGUCAGUGGACCAAAGGAUUGGAUUAAGUUGCCGCAGAAGGACGGUGGAAACUUGCUUCUGCAGAGUUUGGGGCAUUCGCUGCACAGCAGAGACCGAGUUAUCCAGGAGUGCAUGUGUCUGAUCAGGAAGAUGUGUGUUGAGGUGGGGACAGGGACAGAUGCGGCUGACAGACUGACACAAGCACUCACUGACAAUCUGAAACAAACGCUCUCCGACAAUAAGCAAGCCCUGGAGGCUCUGCGCUCAGAGAUGAGUGAGAAGGAGAGGAGGAUGGAGAGCGAGCUGGAGGCACUGCAGAAGGCUUGGAGAGACCGGGAGAAAGACCUCUCCACACUCAACACUGUACUCCAAUGUAACCAGUACAUCAUCAAUGAACUGAGAGUGGAGCUAGUUGAGAAGGAGCAAGUGCAGCGGGAAGGGCAGAAGGAGAAGGAAGUGUGGAGACAGCGGGACCUGGCACUCAAAGCAGUCCUACAGGAGAAAGAGUCACUUCUCUUCUGCCUGAAGGAGGCGCUAGAGAGCUCUCAGAAAGACAUGCAGGCACUGUCGGACUCUGUGAUUAGCCAAGGGGUGUCAGGAGGCGGGGCAGUGGGGGCUCUGGCCUCUCAGCUGGAGGAGAAGGAGAGCCUGGUGAUAGCCUGGCUUCAAGACAGAGAGGAGCACAGCGCCACCAUGUGCCGGGAGGUCUCUCAACUCACCACCGCCCUUCAGGACUAUCAGGGCAUAGUGCAGGAGCAACAGCAGAAUCAUAGUCAGACGGUGUCUUCGCUGUCAAAGCAACUCAACGACACACGCAACAACCUGAGGGAGAGCGGGAAGGAGAACAAGGAGGCACAGCGAGCCUGGCGGAGCGAAAAGGAGGACAAAGAACGGGAGGAGAGGAAAUUGAGGGAGAGCCUGGAGAAGAGAGACAAACUCAUUGAGCAAGUUCUCCUGGAUUCCGAGGAACGGGAUCAUCUACUCAAAGAACUUCAACAGAACCUGCUGAACAAAUUUGAACCCAUGAUUGCUGUCAAACACACAUUAUGAAAAAGACAAAGAAAAUAGUGAGAGAGCAAAAAAAUGUGGAACCAUGAAGGUACAAUGCACAUUUUGUAUAGAUGAGUUGCAUGAACCAGCACUUUCUUGCACCACAGGUAGUUUACUACUAACUACAAUUAUAUGUAGGCCCAUUGAAAAGGUUGUGUUUUGCACAUUUGCAGUAGUUGAUCUUCCCUUGGCAGGCAAGCCUUGGUUUUUGUGUGAAAACAGUGUAUGUCCUUUACAAAACUCCUGACUGGAUAUUUGUCAAUAAUGAUAAUGUUAUUGCUCUAUUUUGGCAUCAUUCUUAUUUGUGUAUUCAUAUUCACUGAUUUAAUUGAUGAAGUAUGCUAGUAGUUCAUGUAAUAAUAUAAUAAUAAUAUAUGCCAUUUAGCGGACGCUUUUAUCCAAAGCGACUUACAGUCAUGUGUGCAUACAUUCUACGUAUGGGUGGUCCCGGGAAUCGAACCCACUACCCUGGCGUUACAAGCGCCAUGCUCUACCAACUGAGCUACAGAAGGACCAUGUCUGACAUGGACCAAAGUAUAUGUUGAAUUUACUUAAAUGGUACUCUGUCAAUGAAAUAUAUCAAUACAGACGGUUCAAUCAAAUCCUUUCAUUGACUGAGAGUACUAUUUAUGCAAAUUCAAAAUACACUUUGGUCCAUGUCAGACAUUGACUAACUACUAGCAUGGGACAUAGGGAAAUGUGUCAUGAGAUUUGUUCAUGUGUCCUUCAGGGCAUAGUGUAGUGCAACCUAAUUGAUAAAUGCUAUCAGAAGGGGGAUUAUUAUUGUGUUGGAUUUGGACCGUUUGAAGUUGCAGUUUCCCAAAAGCUUUCUUUAUUGGUCUCAUACUGUAAGUUCUGUAUUAUUAUUUUUCUGAAUGUGCCAUUUUGGUUAUUUUAUUCAUUCUGCCAUUUUCUUUACACAUUAGCUUACAUCAUACUGCUUGGUAAUUUUAUUGUCAUGAAGGGGUUAAUAUUUUUGACCCCAAAAUAUUUAUUUGGACUUUUUGGGGGGUUUAAUUUUACUACAGAAUGGUUUGAUACAUUUCUUUUUGGAAAAGGUUUCUAAUUUUAUGUCUGUCUUGUUUUUAUGUUCUGUCUUUUAAUGUUCUGUUUCCUUUUUUUUCAUUUUGUAUUAGACCUACUGCCUGUCUUUUGGGGUUUUGCUGCCAUGUUUUCAUUUUAAGUCUUUGUGAGAUUGAGAAAUAAACCUCACUUUUUGAUCAAAAUGA